GCCAGCCAGCGCCAGCCUCAACACCACCUGCGCACGCUGCUUUCUUCUUCCUGCCCUCUUUCCCCGUCUUUUUUUGCCAAUAACCCCCGCGACUCGGAGCGAACGCGCCUCAUGCCAUCUUGACCUGCUCGCCGCCGCUAUUUCUACCGCCUCUCUUCCGCCCUCUGUAACAUCUAAUACCCCUAUCUCGUGGCUCCCCUCCCCCAAGCUGCAGCACGCGCGAAAAGGAGGCCGCAGAUUCACAAUGCGGAAAAGCCUCGUCGCCUUUAUUCUCAUCACCAUUGUCGUCCUUGGCCUCGCGGUCCAGCACGUGUGGAUUCUGCUCAGUCUCCUCAUCACCGACUAUUCCCAGUAUGCCAUCUCGCGCGCCGACCUCCCUGCCCCCAAGUCCAACGCCAUCAACGACCGACCGCAAUUGAUCCCCAAGAUCAUCCACCAGACCUAUGUCAAUGAUAGCAUACCGGCGCAUUGGAAGGGCCCGCAGAAGAGCUGCAUCGACCUUCACCCCGAUUAUGAGUACAAGCUCUGGACUGAUAAGAAGGCUCGGGAAUUUAUCGCUGCUGAAUACCCCUGGUUCCUCGAGAAUUUUGACGGCUACCCAUACCCCAUUCAGCGUGCCGAUUCGAUAAGAUACUUUGUGUUGCACCACUUUGGCGGCAUCUAUAUCGAUCUAGACGACGGAUGCAAUCGCAGCCUCGACCCGCUCCUCGCAUACCCUGCCUGGCUUCGCCUCACAACUCCAACCGGUAUUUCCAACGAUGCUAUGGGCGCUAUUCCUCGCCACCCCUUUUUCCUUAAGACGAUUGACUCACUGCCCAAGUACAAUCGCCGAUGGAUUCUCCCGUACAUUACCGUUAUGGGUACCACCGGACCUCUGUACCUGAGCAUUAUCUGGAGGCACUAUAUGAAUGGAAACCCUGGACGAGAUGAUACUGUGCGCAUCUUAUUCCCUGAUGAAUACAACAACCAUUCCUGGAGCUUCUUCACUCACCAUCUUGGAAAUAGUUGGCACAGCAGUGACGUUAAGCUAAUAUUCUGGAUGGGACAACACUGGCUACUGCUCACCUUCCUUGGGUUUGCCAUUGGAUUUUCGCUUCUAUUCUGCAUCUACUCGUUCUGCGUCCGUCGACGACAAGCCGAUACCAAGGGCCGGUUCUCGUACUCGCGGAUCCCCUUCUACCGCCGAAUAAGCCAAAAAGACAUUGAACUCGACGAUCGACACGAAGUCUAAAAGCCUUCAUUAUUCGGCAUACUUUCUGAUUUUAAUGAGCGACUCGUUAUUUUGUAAUACCAUUGUUGCAUUUCACCGGCGUGUGUCCAGGUUUCACGGUCGCUUCCAAGCCCAUCGAUGCUGCUGCAUGCAUAUCUCUUCCAAACGCCUCGUUUCGUCUUCUAUUCUUAUGCAUAAUUUUGGAUGGAGCGAGGUUGUCGUAAUCUGGCAUCGUCCUCCGUUCUGUACUUAUUUUAAUCUGCGUUUUGAGAGCAAGCAAGUAGGCGUCGGGGUAUACAUAGAGCCUAUGGCACACACGCCAUUGAUGUUGUGUUGAUGUUCCGUGGGAUAACGGGAACUGAAUUGUACGGUAUAGGGGUAGGGUGGUCUGAUUCUGUCAUGUAUGGCCUGUUUGAUGAUUCCACAUGGGCAAGGUCCCGCCCUUGGCUGGGAAGGUAGUUCAAUGAACUGAUUGUCAGUCAUCU